UGUGGGGCGUCUCUUCGCUACGCUGGCUCUUUGGGAAUACUAACAGUUUAAGCUUCAAACUAACAACUCGUUCGUUGUCUUCUUUAUCGCGACUUUGAAUCGCCCCAGAACGAGCGACGUGUGUUUUUGUCAGUGGAAGUAGCAGGGAGACAACAAAAGAUUCACAGACGGCUUCAGCUGAAGCCUGCUCCAAUCCCGUUUGCUCAGUGGGUUUCUGACUGUUUGAAAGCUGUAAGGCCGGAGGAAAGUUAAUGAGAAGACUUGAUCAUCUGACACUUUGCCUUCAGCGUUCCUUUAUCCCAUCUGUUGUUGACCACUAAUUUGCAGCGGAACUUUGUUGAAGGCUGAGCACUCCUAAAGGGGGAACCUCUAAGGAGUUUUUCACCUCUAACGUCCCACCAACCACGCCAUAUUCAUCCUUUAUUUGCUGAAAGUGCUUCCUCGGAGGAGCAGAGAGAACACAGUGUUGGAUCGGAGAACGUGACCAAACUGUGGACUUGGGGAGUCUGUUGUGGACCAUGUGUUUCUGGUGACGUCCCCCUUCUUCUGCCAACAUGAGGCUGAUGCCCAAACUGCCUCAGCCCAUCCUGCCAGCCUUCCUGGCUCUCACUGUAGUUGCCUUUUUACCUCAGCUGUCCUCAGGAGCAGCACCAUUUCCCCAAGACCUGGAACCAAUCAGCAUUGUGGGAAGAGAAUCUUCGUACCUCUACCCCAGCUUCCAGGGGCUCAUGUCAGACAACGACACACUCCGCCUGGGCCUGGACUUCCAACGUAUGCUGAGAAUCAACCACAUGCUUUACAUCGCUGCCCGGGACCAUGUGUUUGCAAUCAAUCUCGCCAUGUCAUCUGAUCAGAUAAUCCCACAGCAGAAACUGACGUGGAAAACGAAGGAUGUGGAGAAGUGCACUGUGAGAGGGAAGAACAGCGAUGAAUGUUACAACUACAUUAAAGUGCUGGUACCACGUAAUGACGAGACUCUGUUUGCCUGCGGCACAAACGCCUUCAAUCCCACCUGCCGUAACUAUAAGAUGUCGACGCUGGAGCAGGAAGGAGAGGAGGUGGUGGGACAAGCUCGAUGUCCCUUUGAGUCCCGCCAGUCCAACGUUGGUCUUUUUGCAGGUGGUGAUUUCUACUCUGCAACCAUGACCGACUUCUUGGCCAGUGAUGCGGUCAUUUACAGAAGUCUGGGUGAAAGUAGUCCCGUUUUACGUACCGUCAAAUAUGACUCCAAAUGGCUAAGAGAACCUCAUUUCCUUCACGCCAUUGAAUAUGGGAACUACGUGUACUUUUUCUUCAGCGAGAUAGCUGUGGAGUACACCACUCUAGGAAAGGUUGUUUUCUCCAGAGUCGCGCGCGUUUGUAAGAACGACAACGGUGGCUCCCCGAGGGUUCUGGAACGAUACUGGACAUCUUUCCUCAAAGCCCGUCUGAACUGUUCCGUGCCCGGAGACUCUUUCUUUUAUUUUGACGUCCUGCAGUCACUGACCAACGUCCUGCAGAUCAACCACCGGCCGGCUGUCCUUGGAGUUUUUACCACGCAGGCCAACAGCAUCACUGGCUCAGCAGUCUGUGCCUUCUACAUGGACGACAUCGAAAAGGCCUUCAACGGUAAAUUCAAGGAGCAGAGGAACAGCGAGACGGCUUGGACACCUGUUCCAGAGGAGCAAGUCCCCAAGCCGAGACCAGGCAGCUGCGCCGGCGAGGGCUCUGCGGCCGCCUACAAGACUUCCACCACCUUCCCUGAUGAAACGCUGACCUUCAUCAAGUCCUAUCCACUCAUGGACGAGUCCGUUCCUUCAGUCAACGACAGACCCUUCUUCACCCGCACCACCAGCAGGUUCAAGCUGACCCAGAUUGCGGUGGAUACCUCAGCAGGACCGUAUAAGAACUACACCGUGGUGCUGCUGGGUUCAGAUAACGGCCAUGUUCUUAAACUCCUGGCCAGCACCGAGGGAGCCAAUGCAUCUUUCAGCACCCAGCUCCUGGAGGAUAUUGAUGUCUACAACCCUAACAAGUGCAACGUGCGGGGCGAGGACAGACGGGUGCUUGGCCUCGAGUUGGACCGGGACCAUCAUGCACUGUUUGUGGCGUUCUCCAGCUGUGUGAUCCGUGUCCCGCUCAGCCGCUGCUCCGAGUAUAGCACCUGCAAGAAGAGCUGUUUGUCUUCACGGGACCCUUACUGCAUGUGGCUCAAGUCAGGCAGCUGCGUGCCGGUGUCACCUGGAUUCAAAGGCGGGUUUGAACAGGAUGUGGAGAACGGCUACCAUCAGCAUCCUGAUACCUGCCACGAUGUGUUGGCGACCACUCGCAAGCAAAACACAGCGCUAGAUUCAGUGUAUGGGAAGACCACCCCCACAAGCGCCAGCACUACCCGCCAUGGGGCGGCAUUCCCAAAGGAGGCAGGUGACUCUGAAAGAGGUACAGGUCCUGAUCGCCUUCCCCCUGUGGGGGAACAAGGGUCACCUGACUCAGAGCCAAUCAGUGUGGAGAUGGAGGGUGUGAGACGACCUCCAGAGCUGGAGAGGACCAAUCACAGUGUCCAUUACACCCUUCUGAUAGCUUGUGUUUUGGUGGCCUUUGUUCUUGGAGCCUUUGUCUCUGGAUUUCUGGUCUCGUGCUACUGUAACCACACAGGCCACAAGACAAAGAAAUUGUCCAAAGAUCCUGAAGCCUCGAUCCCACAUGCGUUGUCGCUCCGCAGUCUGGCAAAGCUCAAUGGUCUCCUGGACAGCCAGAGUAAGGAGGACAAGGAGCUGUCGUCUCCAAAAAUCUACAAUUCAUUUUUCACUAACAGCAAAGAGCAUCACGCACCCAGGAGAAAUAUCCACCAUGGAAUGACAAUGGGAGAUCUGGUUCACCCUCACAAUCAUCACUUCCACACCUCCUCAGAGCUGUCUGGUCUGCCUACACCAGACUCAACCCCUGAACUGCCCAUCAAGAGUAUGAAAGCCUUUAAGAAUCAAUGGGAAAAGAACCAGAACUGCAACAAUGCUAAAGAACCAAAGUCUCAUAACAUUGGCUCCAGGCCCAGUUCAGCUCUGCUUCACCAGCAGGUCUACCCUUACUCCCAUGGCCUGUCCAACGGGCAGCCAGUUGGUCACCUGCAUCCAGAAGAACGUAAAAUUCACAACGUUGAGCGCGUUUUAUCACAGCCUUACCCCAGCUACUCUCAGAAAGUGAUGGAGGUAACAUCGCUGGAUGAGCUUCUGAAGCACAUCCAUGAUGCAAACGCCAGCAAAACCUCCCAGUUAAUGAGCCCAUCAGGCCUGAUGGCCACUGGAGGAGGAGGACAGCUCGCCUUUUCCAACAGAAUUCAACCACAUAUUCCCGAGACAGAAUCAGCCCCUUACUACAGCUCCUCUACUUUACCCCGGGACAGUCUCACUCGUCGCAUGGACGUUCCUCCUGACAUCCCCUCGCACCACCAGUCCACUCUAGAGAGGAGGCACUCCUCCCAGCGGCAGUCACUGAUCGCUGCGGCUACCAAAAUGCCCAGUGUGGGUGCAGUCGGAGGAGGAAUGAUCCCCCGGCAGCACAGCUUCAACCAGCGGAACGGUGGGCCUCACCAACCACCUCUCCUUCUGGCACAGAUGAACUCGACAGGCAGCACUUGUGAGGUUCACUAUCCUCUCAUCCCAAAUGCGUACCUGACACGCCAACAUAGCUAUAACGGAGAACAGCUGGAGGUCCAGCACAGAGGUGCCAUUGUCCGCCGGGCAUCCUCUCUCAAACCUGAUGUCCCUCCUAAGCCUCUGUUCAUACCAGCUACAUCUCCAGUCAAUGAACAAGGAAAAUUUAACUACUGA